AUGGCGACCGAACAAGAAAAAAAGUAUUUUGAAAGAAAACGAGCUGCAGUUCAAUAUCUGACGGACAAUGAGGUCCCAAAAUGUUUUCAAAAACUUCUUAACGAUGUUGUAGUUGAAAGACCCGAUGAUAUUUUUGGUUACAUGGUAUGGAACGAUUAUAUUUACAAGGAUUUAAUCAAUAUCACAGAAGCAUUUGGCAAUUUAGUAUAUUAAAGUGUUAUUAAACACUACUGUUACAGUGUUCUAUGAUGAUUGUGCUGGAUUUUUAGUGUUUAUUAUACGCUGGGUUUUUACUGUUUACUAUUUCCCCUGAUGAUAACUUUAAAUAUUGUUGAAAGAUUUGUAAUUAAAGAGUUUGGCUGUUUGGGCAUAUGACAAAAUGUCAUUUAAGUAUUUAACAUGUAGCUUUUCCCUCCAUGUCAACCACAAACAAAUAGAUGGUAUUUUCAUUUUAGGCAGAAUAUUUUGCUGGCCAAGCCAAGCCGCCAACAAUAGCAAAUGUAAGUGUAUAUAAUCCAAAAUUAUCAACAUUUUCAUGCGGUCCUACUAAUUACUGCCCGAGACUGCCUGGGUAAACAUAACGUUAUUUAUUAUAUGGUAAGGCAGUGUGCUCUUGUUUUAAAUCACUAAGUACAUGUAUAAAAAGGUUUUUUUCAAAACAUUUGGCUGCAUGCUAGGACAAAUGGCAAAAUUUGCACGGUGUUCGUUUGCAAAAACAACUGCAAUAUUAACUAAAAUCUAAAUAUUCAAUUAUUAUUAAUAAUAAUUUAAAAACGAACUUCGGCGGAAAAUGCCGGUAGCUUUGUUUUGAAAAAACUUUUUAUACAUGUACUAAGCGUUUUAAAACAAGAACACACUGCCUUACCAUACUGUAUAAUAAAUGUUAUGUUACGGUGUUUACCCGGGCAGUCAGUCUCGGGCAGUCAGUCUCGGGCAGUUCCCGGGCAGUUCCCGGGCAGUCUCGGGCAGUAAUUAGUAGGACCCUUUUCAUGAGUGUAAAGAGAGUGCUCUGUUUCAGUGUCCAGCUUUGAACAACUGUCCCCCGAAAGGGGUAAAGUAAUGUACGCAUGCCAGCAUGUUAAGCAAUAUUUAUUAAGAUCCUCAUACUCAAUGAUUCCUUGUGUAUGGCAACUGUAGUCCUUGAAACUCCCGAAAUUUCAGGUCGGCAAGAAAUUGCCAACCUAAAAGCGAUAAUUCUCAAUCUAGGUCGGCAAAUAUUUUCGAAACAAAUGGACAAUAUCCAAAUGGAAAUUUAAUAUGCUUGCUGCAAAUACAUUCAUUUUAUAAACAGCAAUUAAUUGCAAUCAAUGCCAAUAGCGAACAAAACAACUAACAAAAUGUAUGAACUGCAAUCGAACAGUGCAUGUUGUGACCAAAUGUUGUGCCAGACUGUACACUACUUUAUAACCGGUACCGUAUACUAUAAUUCGCUUAGAUCUUGAUGCUCCACGAUUUUACACGUAUGUUUACUUUUCAAAGUUUCAAGUAUCACCUUUCAAAAAUGAAACUGCAAUGUUUACACAAGGAUUAAAUUUUAUUCUCGCAAAGCGUAUUUUGACUACGCAAGCCAAUGAUCAAAAUCUGAUAAGUGAUAAUUAAAACAUCAUCGUUGAAAAUGCCUAUGUGAAAGAUGCGUUUGCGGAAAAAAAUGCUGAGACGUAUUUGAAAGUUAGGUCGGCAAAAUUUUGCCGACCUAAAUCUACACAUAUCACUUUGUAGGUCGGCAUUUAGGUAUGCAUUGCCGAAUGCCAACCUGAGUUUCAGGGACUGCAACUUAGUUACGUUAAUUUACUUUAACUGACUUUCUCUUGUGCCUGCACAUAUACUACACCCACUAACAGCGUGAAUAAACUUUAUCAGCUGUGAGAAACCAUAGCUAUUCUGGGUUCCCAAGAGUUUACAUGGCUUUAACAUUUUUUCUUGUUUGGCACUACUGAAGGUAACAAGUUCCGAGGUUCUCAGUUCCAGAGUUUAUUCCAGUUUUGAAGUACAAAUUGAAGCUUUAGUCCAUGGAAAUAUCAUGGUGUGUUAAAUUAAUUGUUAUACUGAAUAUGCUGUAGUAAAGCUGAACUGGUUUGUUUCUAUAUACUAUUACAGAGUGAAUUUUGUAAACAAAUUUUAAUAUCUGUUUCAGACUCUUUCCACCUCCCUUGCUCCAUUUGACAGUAAACCUCCAAUCGAAAAUAAACCUGUUGUGAAGGGGAAAAGUCCAGACUCAAAGCUUUCCGUAACAGAUGGACAACAUUCACCCGAAAAUAAGGAAGACCAAAUUCAAGCAAUUAUUAAAAAUAUUAAUACCUGCAUUAAACCUGCACUUGUGGGCACUGAACUUUAUGAUCAACAGGAAAUUAACAGGAUUUUAGAGUAAGUGUUUAAAUAGCCUGCAAACAGGCUCUCUUUGAAAUUUGAGAGAGAGCCUGCAGGCCUAGCUAACAAAAACGCGUCUGUGCGUUGCUUAGAAUGACGCAGGAUUCCCAUUGGUUGAAAUUGAGUAGUUGGUUAUUAACUGCCAUAAAAGGUAAUCAAAUGACAUUUACACCGUUCUAUAGCGAUAAAAAUGUAUUAGACGAGUUGUAUAGAAAACUAAAUUUUUCAUUUAUCAUUAUCCAUUUUUCAUUAGAAGUUAUCAUUUUCUCACUCCAGUACAGCAUAAGCAUCAAUACAUUUGAGGUUGACCCCCCGUCAGAUUCAUUGCAUAAUGCCUUAGUGAAAACCAAGAAUAGGAGCCUGAGCAGUAUGCUUUAAUUUGGCUUUUAAAUUGCUUUAAAGUAAUAUAAGGUUCUUGUAAAUUUAAUGUUGAGACCUUGCAGGGUAUAUAAACAGUAUAGCAAGCAUUGUAACAGAAACAUUGGGGGAUUUUUCCUCAGUUGCCCGCCCUUGUUUCAGAAAGAAAAUUUCAUUCCCAUGCAAGAAAGCAAAAAUGUUCCUCAAAUUGAAAAAUAUCCUCAAAACGGAAACAUUAUAUAUAUAUAUAUAUAUAUAUAUAUAUAUAUAUAUAUGUUUCUAAUUGGGUAAUUGCUCAAUUUCAGGAAACAUUGGCUAUGGAAACUGGAUGUCCAGGAAACAACAUUUUCUGGUUUGCUCACCUUCGGGAAUCAUGAUUAUUAAUAUUGAAAAGAAUAAUGUUUCCCGGAAAUGUUUCCUGGUUUGUCCACCUUCGCGAAACAUGGCUAUAGGAAACAAUAUUUCAUGUUUUGCCCACCUUCUAAAAACAUGACGAGGAAACAGUGUUUCCUGGUUUUCCCACCUUUGAGAAUCAAUUGGUUUAAGGAAACAAUGUGUCGGAAAACAUGGUGAAAAAACAAUGAUUAGAGACCUUUAGAUUGACGUUUACGGCAAACGUCAAACCGCUGGCGAAGUUUUUGAUUUUACAACUCUAUUAUUAUAGCUUUUACACCAGUUUCGAAAUAUGUUAAACUUAUUAAACUUGUGCUCUUUAGCAAUGAUUUAAGAAAGCAAAUUAACCACUAGUCAUGCCAUUCACCAAAGCAGUAAGUUAAGAUUUGGCGUUUGAAGUUGACAUUUGGCGUAUAUAAAUUUCAUGCUUGAACUGCUACGACGGCUUGUAGUCGUUAAAGCAUGAAUUUAUACGCCAAACGUCAACUUCAAACGCCAAAUCUUAAUUUACUGCUUUGGUGAAUGGCAUGACUAGUGGUUAAUUUGCUUUCUUAAAUCAUUGUGAAAGAGCACAAGUUUAAUAAGUUUAAUAUAUUUCAAAACUGGUGUAAAGGCUAUUAUAAUAGAGUUGUAAAAUCAAAAACCUCACUAGCGGUUUGACGUUUGCCGUAAACGUCAAUCUAAAGGUCUCUAUUAUCUUAGAUUUGCGUCGCUAGUUUAUCUCCUGUAAAUAUCAAGUGUAGGGUUGGGCGAUAUUUCGAUAUUUUGAUUUAUCGCGAUAUUUUAGAGCAUACAGACACAGCAUAGAGACACAGUAGACACAGCAUAGACAGUUCUGGUUUCUGAACAGUAAAUAUUAGACUAGAAAAAUCCUUCAUAUUUCUUUAAUUUGUUGUUUUACUUGUUUUUAAUAAGAUUAUAAUUAUAUAAGCUUAUUAUGCAAUGAUAUUAAUUAAAAUUGAAAAAUGUAGUCAUUGUUUUAUUGCAUUUAUCGCGAUAUUAUCGAGUAUCAUGAUAAUUUCCUUGACAAUAAUCGUGACAUAAUUUUUUUAAUAUCGCCCAACCCUAAUCAAGUGUGACAAAUGUUGAUAUGUAAUUUUUUGUUAUUAUUGUAAAGAGAUGUCAUUUCGAAAAGAUCAGCAAACAGUGCACUCAGUUCAACAACUUGUAUUAAACAAGACGUUCCAAUAGCAACUGAGAAGACGACGAAAGAGGACGAAGCCCUUCCGAACGAUGAAAUGGAGCUAGAUGAAGAAAGUGCUGACACAGCAGUUCAUUUGGAUGUUCUGACAGUGUCGAUGGCUCUUGCUCAGUCUGCAAGUUAUUUACAAAAAUGUCAGCUCUAUCUUUAUUUAUAUAAAACAGCUCAUAAUCAG